AGUUUGCAUGAAAGAGUGGACAGCGUGCUUCACUGAUAAGGAUUUCUAAACACUUUUACCUGUUUCGAUAGAUACCAAAAUCCGUUGGACCAGAGAUAAUCAUCUCCCAAGUACUUUACUUCUUAGUCUGCCGCGAUGAUGUCAUACUUGUGGAUUUUCUUACUUGCAAGUCUAGCAUUUGGACAGGAGCCGGAAGAUCCAGGAUUGGAUCUCGGUGCUGCUCUAGACCCUGAACCUGCACCUGCAGCAACAUCAGCCCCAGCUGCCCCUGAGGAAUCCGCUGGAAAUGCAGAUACAGGUGGUGAUCUUGACCUUGCUGCAGCUGCUGAUCCAGCACCAACAGCAGAACCUGAAAAACCAGCAGAUACACCAGAAAAGCCACCAGAGGAUCCAAAUGGAGGAGGUCUUAACCUUGAGGACGCCUUUGGAGAUCCUGAGCCAGAAAAACCAGCGGACGACAAGCCCACUGAUGACGCAAAGGGCGGAGGUUCCUUUGGCGAUAUCGACCUCGAUUUUGAUUCCAAUGACAACAAACCUGGUGGCAAAGCACGUGCUGCUGACCCCGCGCCUGGCUCUGAUGGGGGACCAGCAGAUGAACCUCAAGAGGCCAGCGCGGGUAAGAUCGCCGGCAUCAUUUCCGCAGUGGGAGCCGCCAUCGUGGGCGCCGUGACCAGCUACAUCGCCUACCAGAAGAAGAAGCUGUGUUUCAAAAUCCAGGGCGGCGAGGAUCCGGAGAGCGCCAACAAGGAAAGCGGUGCCCAGUCCGAUCCUCAAGUCAUGAGCAACCUGCUGAAGUCGUCCUAACUUACGGGAGUGGAGGACGCCGGGACGAUCCGCUCCACGUCCAUCUCACCCCAGAUCUGCAGGCGGAAGCUUCCCGUGACUUCACAGUUGGAGCAGUGUCGAUUUUACACAGAGCUGGCGGUUGUUGUCACACAGAAAUGUGCUGUUGAAUGAAAUUGAGAAUUUUUUUUUUUGUUGUUAAAAGUUUGGCAAAUUUCAGUGUGUUGUUUUGAUGAGCGUCGUGCAUUGUGAAAACGUGCCCAGAGUUGUUCCAAUUUGGAGAUUGAUUAGACUCACACAUUGCAUUAUCAGAGUGCAUUUUUUAAUAGUAUCAUUAUUAUUAUUUUUUUAUCCAAAGUUUUGACCCUCUAAAGUGCCUUAAAAGUGCCUUACCUGCCUUGAUAUUUUGGAAGAAUACUUGACAUGUUUUGAUCAGCAUGCUUUUUACUGGCUGGUUUCUGAGCAAGAUACUUCUGCCUGACGUUUUGAACGCGUUUCCAAUUCAUUAAAUAUCAUAUUCUGAAGAAAUUAAUUGAAAGCACCAUUGAGAAUGGGAGAGGUGACUGCUGAACCAGAAUAAAUUAACCAAUUAGGUCAAUUGUAUGAACAAAGCAGCACUCUCACAGGAAGUGCCCUGGAAGCCCAAAGAGAGAAGAACAAGGCAUUCUGAAUGUAUGGUUUUGACAUGCCGGACCCAAGGUUUAACUACAUCAGCGUUUGAAGGAUUAAUUUUAUUUGGAGAGCCUCAAGCUCACACAUUUUUAGAAAAUACAUUUUGACAUGGAAAUAGUUGGAGGAAGUGGGGGUUAGUGGUUUUUUUUGUGUUGUUAGUUUAUCUUGUUGAUUGCUGAAUUCUGUGUGUUGCUAAUCGAUAGACCCAUUUCCCUAUUUGGGAACUGUUCUUUGCCUGGGAGGGGGAUAUGUAACUGUAAUACUGUGCUCCUUUUAUUCUCGUGUGUUGGUCUGUAAAUACUGCUUAGGGGAUGUGUAUAAAAACAUUGGCUGCUGUGUGUAGUUGUUUUCUGUGAGGUUGAUGAAUUCAGAGAUCCAAAAUUUAGCUUUAAAAAAAUUUUGGUCAUGGUUGGAAAUUUUUUUAAAUGUUUGAUUCCCCCCCCCCUCUUUAUAGCAAACCCCAAAGGCAUUAUAACUAGGCUAUGCUAAAAAAACAGACAAAAACAAACACACACCUCUGCCUUUGUUUCCUGUUAAAGGCCUUAAUUCUUAAUUUUCUGUCAGUUUAUUACCUUACACUUCAUUGAAACCCUUAAGUUAGUUUUGUACUGUUAAAUCUUUGUUGGUUUUGUCCCCAAUAAAUUUGCCUUUUCAAACAGG